GCUCGCCGACCAUUUGAAAGACGAGCUUUCCUCUUCUGACUGCUUCAUCGUAAUUCAAUCGACAUCAUCAACUGCUAUCUGCAAAUGCUCUCCACUGGUAAGCUCUUUCAUUCGUUUCUAAUCGGUUUCUGAAUUAUAACUUAUCGGAUUUUAUCUCCAUAGUGUGUUUUCGACGUGCAGUUAUACGGAUUCUUUCAAUUUGUAUCAGAGAUGGAACUUGUUAGCCAAAUUCACAACUUCGUAAAACCUCACAGCUCUAAUUCGAUGGAACACGACAUUGAAUUGACGAAAAUUGCUUUUUCCGGGAAACUAAUCCUCUAGACGUGACAGCCAUUUAAUCAGAAAUUCAAUACUUGACUUGAUGGGAAGAUGGAUCUGAAGUAGGAAGAUAAGCAUUCAUUUGGCGUGUUAUGUCGUCAAAUCCUUUAGCCAUAUUGGCAGCGUGUUCCGCCUUUUAUCAUCUUGGAAGGAUUUGGAUCAUAGUGUUAUUUUGAUUCAGUCCGCAACAGACUCUGAGGAAAUGCCUCGCAAAGUAACAUAUGGAGUUGAUUUUGAUGAUGACUAUGAUAUUUACGAUGAUUAUCAUGACGACAAUUACAAUUAUGAUUAUGGCAAUGGCGUAGAUGAACAUGACUCAGCUUGGGAAUCUCCUGACACAAGACAAGAAAGUGUUCGGCAAAAUGUUUGGCGCUGCCCCAUAUGCACAUUUGAUAACGAGGAAUAUAUGUCUGCGUGUGAUAUAUGUGGCGUUCUUCGCAACCCUCUGGUCAGAAGUUCUGAUAACGGCCAAUCCAGUACAGAUUUUUUCAAUGCAGUUGGUGGCAUAUGCACGAACUCUGGAGUAUCGGUGAUGGCAAAGUCUCUUUUUGCAUCAUUGCCAUGUCGGUCACCCAAAGGGGCUGUUAACUUUCAACCACAGAAAGAUGCUUCUUCAGCAGAAGAGGACAAAUUCUCCUACUUGCACGGAAAUAAUCGAGGAAAAUUCCAUGAUUUACAUAAGGCCAUUAUCUCUGAAAAACAAUACAAGGUUAACAUAGCCCCUUUCAAGUUUGAUAUCCCAUCUCCAGAUGAUGUGGUUUCUAUGGGAAUGCGAUCAUACAAAAUAGGUUCCAAAGUUGCAUUUGAUUUGAAGAAACCGUCAACUUCUGAUGCUUCUUCCAGCAAAGCUAAGGACAAUGCCAACUUGAAGUCAAGUGCUAAAUCUUCCAACAUCUCAGCACCUUUGCUUUCAAAGGAUAAAUUUGAAUAUGUGGAUGAUGACAGUCAUGUUCCCAUAUCUAAGACACAAACACAUGGGCUUUCCAGUGACUUGAACAGUAUAACCAUGAGUGCCAAAUCUGGGAAUUCCAAAAUCCGAAACCAGGGGAAAAUUGCUCUCCGUUCACAGUAUAAACCUGAGAAGUGGAUGCUGCUUGACCAAACUGAAGAUCAACUGAGUCAGCUAAAUCUUGCUAUUGUUGGCCAUGUGGAUUCUGGAAAAUCGACACUCUCAGGAAGGCUGCUACAUCUUCUGGGGAAAAUAUCACAGAAACAAAUGCACAAAUAUGAAAAGGAGGCUAAAUUACAGGGGAAAGGUUCCUUUGCUUAUGCAUGGGCAAUGGAUGAGAGUGCCGAAGAACGAGAAAGGGGGAUAACCAUGACAGUGGGAGUGGCUUUUUUCAACUCCAGUAAAUACCAUGUUGUGGUGCUCGACUCUCCUGGGCAUAAAGAUUUCGUUCCAAACAUGAUCUCCGGGGCAACACAAGCAGAUGCAGCAAUUCUUGUUAUAGAUGCAUCACUUGGUGCAUUUGAAGCAGGCAUUGAUAGUGCUCGAGGUCAAACAAGGGAGCAUGCACAGCUGAUUAGAAGUUUUGGCGUUGACCAAAUAAUUGUGUCUGUUAACAAAAUGGACGCCGUUGAAUACUCAAAAGAACGUUUUGAGACUAUCAAACUGCAACUUGGAGCAUUUCUCCGGUCUUGUAACUUCAGAGAUUCUUCUGUGUCAUGGAUUCCAUUAAGUGCCAUGGAAAACCAAAAUUUGGUGGCACCGGCUUCUGAUGCACGCUUGUUAUCCUGGUACCGCGGGCCUAGUCUGUUGGAAGCUAUAGAUGCUCUUCAACCUCCUGCUAGAGAAUACUCCAAGCCUCUACUAAUGCCUAUAUGCGACGUUAUUAAACUGCCAUCUCAAGGGCAGGUAUCUGCAAUCGGGAAGUUAGAAGCUGGAGCUCUUCGUAAUGGAAGCAAGGUUCUCAUUCUGCCUUCAGGAGAGUUUGGAACAGUGCGUUCUUUAGAACGUGAUUCUCAGGCAUGUGGCAUCGCAAGAGCAGGAGACAAUGUAGCGGUUAGUCUACAAGGUAUCGAUGUAAAUCAUGUGUUAUCUGGUGGUGUGUUGUGUCACCCAGAUUUCCCAGUGGCAGUCACAAACCAUUUGGAGUUAAAGCUCCUUGUUUUGGAUGUCCAAAUGCCAAUUCUGAUCGGCUCUCAGUUGGAGUUUCAUAUACACCAUGCAAAGGAAGUAGCGAAGGUCGCAAAGAUAGUGUCAUUGUUGGAUUCCAAAACGGGGAAGGUAACAAAGAAGGCCCCACGAUGUCUAUUAGCCAAGCAAAGUGCGAUAGUUGAGGUGGUGCUACAAGGGGAAGUUUGUGUGGAUGAAUUCUCUAAUAGCAGAGCUCUUGGGAGGGCAUUCCUAAGAUCAUCAGGGACAACGGUUGCCGUUGGUGUCGUAACCCGAGUUAUAGUAGACUAGUAGAAGCGGUCCUCAUAACCCGUUCUUUGGUAAACGAGCAGAACUACUUUUCAUAUCAAAAUGGUAUAUGCAACUCUGCUUACAUUUGGCCAAUUUGAUCUUAAGAACUUUGACUCGACUCGUAGUGAUUUGCCUUUUGAAGACGAUUCCUGUAACAAUGCUGCGGAAACUUUUGUAGUCGAUGUGUUGAGUGUACAAUUUUGUAUCAGUCAGGCAGUUCGAGUUCUUCCGUCUCUUUUAGUUUUUAUAAAUGAAUUGUUUGAUUCA